UCAACGAAACAAAAUGGCAGAAUCAGCUCCAGCUCAAGCCGCCGCGCCGGCCAAAGCAGCAGCCAAGAAGAAGGUGGUUUCCAAGCCGAAGAAGGCUGGUCCCAGCGUGGCGGAGCUCAUCGUCAAAGCUGUGGCCGCUUCCAAGGAGCGGAGCGGCGUGUCUGCUGCCGCCGUCAAGAAGGCUCUGACCGCCGGAGGAUACGAUGUGGACAAGAACAAGUCCCGCGUCAAGACCGCCAUCAAGAACCUGGUAACCAAGGGGACGCUGGUCCAGACCAAGGGGACCGGGGCCUCCGGCUCCUUCAAGAUCAGCAAGCAGGAGAAAGUCGCUCCCGCAGCCAAGAAACCCGCAGCUGCCAAGAAGCCCAAAGCAGCGGCAGCCAAGAAACCUGUAGCCGCAAAGAAGUCCCCGAAGAAGGCUAAGAAGCCCGCAGCGGCCAAGAAGCCCGCAGUGGCCAAGAGCCCAAAGAAGGCCGCAAAGAGCCCCCAAAAGCCCACCAAGAGCCCCAAGAAGGUGGCGAGGAAGGCCCCCACAGUCAGGAAGACCCCCGUCAAGAAGGCUGUGAAGCCCAAAGCCAAGAAAGCAGCACCCAAGAAGAAGUGAGCUGCUCUCAUGCUGGACAACAACGCUCCUAUAAAAGGCUCUUUUAAGAGCCACCCACACCGUCUUUAAGAGCUUUUUCUUCUCAUUUUAUUGUAUAUGCUAUAAUCAUGAGUCCCGUUCAUUUAGAUAAACAAGAUAUAUUUAUUUGCAACAUAAUGGAAUAAAUAUGCCUGAACACAUACAGCU